AUGUUUGCUUUUAAACCGCUGAAAAAGUGUAGUAAUUUUUUUAUUCAGACCAUCGGUCCGGUACCGUGGAGAGCAAUGCUCACUUCUUUACCGCUGAUUGCUGCUGUACUUUGCCAAUACACCUACAAUCUUCAGGCCUCUUUACUACAAGCAUUUUUGCCCAGCUUCAUCAAAGAGGAACUUAUGCUUCCAUUAAACAGUGUAAGUCGCUUCACCUUAGAGUUACGUCACUUUCAUUGGUGA